AGAGGCAAGAUCGGCGAAGCCGUCAUCACAAGUUGACUGCAGCCCGUCCCGCUCAGAACGCUCGCAGCCGCCUCUCCGCCAGCGUCUCACACCUCCAGCACCGACCUACCAACCCACCCGUAGCUAGAGCCAUGGCAGCAGCUUUCGUCGGCAAGUGGAAGCUCUCCGAGAGCGAGAACUUCGACGAGUUCCUCAAGGCGCUCGGCGUUGGGCUGGCGUGGCGCAAGCUGGGCCAGACGUCCAAGCCCACGGUGGAGAUCAAGGUCGAGGGCGACGACUGGUCCAUCAAGACGCACACCCUUAUGAAGACGACCGACCUCAAGUUCACUCUCGGCAAGGAGUUCGACGAGGACCGCAUGGAUGGCUCCAAGGUCAAGUCUAAGGUGACGCUGGAGGAUGGCAAGCUUAUUCAGAAGCAGUCGGGAGGUGACAAGGAGGUGACCAUCGUCCGGGAGGUCAAGGACGGCCAGCUCCACGUGACGUGCUCCUUGGAUAACGUCGUAUCUCUCCGCAAGUACCUGAAGGAGUGAGCUCGGAUCUCCUCGAGACACUUGGGCCGCCGGGCCCGCGCCUGGGGCGUGUGGUGAAACGAGGCAGUCCCGGGCCCACACGCGGUUCGUGCCGGACGACGGCGACGAGCUCUGUGGUUCCCAUCUGCCGCGCGGCGUGCUUCCUCCGGCGACGACGUGGGUUCCAGCUGGCGGGGGCCCCUCCCCAAAAACGAAGUCUUGUCUUCGAGCUUUGGAUUGGCUUCCGCAGGCUUGUGUGCGUCUCGCCACGGGUUCCAAGUUGUCUUCUAUUUCUUUUUCUCCUUGCCCAAAGACAAUCCGUGUGCUGCUUUCCCGCCUUGAUUUUUUUUUUCGUCUCCUCGUCUUGUGUUUCCUCCAACCCUGCGUAAAAGUUGAGUUAAAGAAUGCGCUUUUGUCAUCAGUCAGCGACAUUCGUGCGUGAAAGGCCCAAAAAGCGUUUUGGAAGUUUAAGUAAACCUUUCUUUUCUUUCCUUCUAUACCUUGGGAAUUAGCUGUUAUUGUACCGUUUUGUUUAUCCUUCGCGUCGGUCCACCCAGUGGAUUCUUGUUCGCGUUCUUAUUAUAUAUUCCUACCUUCCUUCCUCAUUGUACCCGAAGAGAUUUUUGUGCCGGGUUUUUUGAAGAGAUCAAAUAAAUGGCUUUUUAAAAAAUA